UAAGGGAUUUUCACGGUAAGGAUUCAAACUGUCACGUGUUGUAAUUUAAUGCACAAAGCUUUUUCGUACGAAAAAAAAGUAGAAGAUUUUUAUUUUAUUUUACCCAAACAGCUAAUACUUUUUAGUCCUAUUUAAGUGUAAAAAUGACAAAUUCUGAUUCAGAUGUUGAUGUUUGUAGCCUUGAUGACGACUCAGUACAUAACCUACAUACUGGUCUUACUGUUGUAGCUGCUGACACUUAUGUUUGCACAGAGAAUGAGGAAAUGAAAAUAGACGAUGUUGUUCCAUUGACUAAAGAUGAUCUUUUAGCUAAUAAACAGAAGUCAUUAUUUAAAAUGUCAUCCUCUAUUCUUACUGGUGUAAAGCACACCAACGAAUGUGAAAUAAACAUUCAAAAUGAAAAUGCAAAACGUGGAUUCUCAAAAGAAAAUGAAAGUGAUGUAAUUAAAACAAAACAAAAGAGAAUAAAGCGAUGUGAUGAAAAACUUGAAACUUUUACUAAAUUAAAAGAUUUUUCAUUGUCAAUAGAAAAUACAGUAAAGAAUAAAAAAGAUUCAGAUGAAGAAUUAUUUGACACAGGUGUCAAUAAUAAACUUAACCGGUUUUCAUUUGAAUCUGAUCAUUUAGUUUUAAAAAACAAUACAGAUUAUCAGGCUCUUCUGAAAUCUUUGGCUGUUCUAGAAGCACAAAGAUCUCAAGCUAUAAAAGAUUUAGAAAAACUUCAUCAUAUUAAAGAAGUUGCAUUAGCUGAUCCGUUGAAAUUUGUACAGGACUUACAAAAUGGCAACACUCCUAAAUUCCCCCAAAGACAAUUUGUAGCUAGUCUUCCUGAUAUUAACUGGAUGCAUUAUCUUGCUGUUUAUGCAGGUGGCAAAUAUGUACCCCAAAUUGCUACUCGUAAUAUUGUAAAAAGCAAUUUAGAAGGGAAAGACAAUUUAGAAGAAGAUUCUCCUGGAGAAAUAUCUGAAGAUAUAGAAAAUGAAAAACAAACUGUUAGUGAUGAAAAAAAACCUUUGUCUUUUAACAAAAAAUGGACUCCAGAGGAACAAGAAAAGUUAGAAAAAUUGCUAGUUUUAUAUCCUCCUGAAGAUGUUGAGCAAAGACGAUGGGAGAAGAUCGCAAAAGCUCUUGGUAAUCGAACCAGAGCACAAGUAACUAGUAGAAUACAAAAAUACUUUUUAAAACUUGCAAAAGCUAAACUACCAAUUCCAGGUCGUCCUCCAUCUUCUGUUUUAGUUCAACAAUCACGAAAAUCUAAAGUUAAUCCAAUAAGUUACAAAAAUUCUUCAUUUUUUCCAUCAUGGCAGCCUAAAGUUAAAAUGGAAGAUGAAGAUAGUGACUCUGGUAAGGUAUUUCCAAACUAUAACUUAAGUGAAAUACCUGUAUCAGAAGAUGAAGAUGUACCUGACUCAUUAAAAGAUAGUGUUGAGUAUACAGAGCUAAUAGAACUAAAAAAAAUAAAAACUAUGCAGCUUUUUUCUAAAAAUCAAUCUAAUGAAAUUACACACCCAGGUUACAUGUGUGAUGGUUGUAAAAUGGACCCUAUUGUUGGUGUUCGAUGGCACUGCAAAGAUUGUCCAUCUAAUAACUCAGUUGACUUCUGUAAUACUUGCUCUAUGAACCCUGUUUAUAAUGAAGAACAUACUAAAGAGCAUGUACUGAUACCAUUAAAAGAUUCAAACAAUACACAUCUGAAUGAUGGUAGAUGGAUAAAAGAGUUUUUUUGAGUACGUUGGUAUUAUUCUGUUCCAUUGUUUUAUUAACUCUCCCAACGCCAGCUGUUGAAAGUUUAAUUAAAAACUAUUUACAAAAAAAGCUAUACAAAGCAUUACUUACAAAUAAUUGGCCAAAGAUAUAUGGGAGAUGCUCAAAAAUACCAGUUUGGAACUGGAAUAAUACAUAUCAGCCUGUUUUAGAUGCUGCAGCAAAAGGUCAUGUUAGUGUAUUGUUUUUAACAAAAGGUUCAAGUAAAUAUUGUACAGAGCUGUUACCGCCACUUCAUCAGUUAGCAGAAUAUUACAGGAAUGGAAUAGGAAAUGUCACAUUUAUUGCUCUCAGCUAUCGUCUAAAGAAAGUUCCAGAUAAAAUCAAAUCAUUAUAUCCUCUUAUCAAUUUUUAUGAAGAACCUGUUCAAUCAAGGAUAUUUUCUCAGCUUAAAGCAAACACUGGACAUUUUUUGGUAUAUGACAAAUGUGGGCGUCAGCAAUACCAUAUUGGAUAUCCAUUUGGUUCAUUUUAUUACAAUUUGUUACCGCAUGCUAUUACAAAUUCUCUUCUCCAUCAUAUAACUUUGUGUGGUAAAUGCAACGAAGAUGAGCUAACAUUGGGAAAUUCAACGCUUCGGCAGAAUACAAGUUUAGCAUUUUCAGGCACUUCGCCGUCCGUAACUGAAACCUAAAAUAUAAAAUUCAAUUCA